AUGUGCAACUCAUCCCACCCCGCAGCUCCCGUGCUUGUGCCCCCCGCCACCGCGGUCGCUGCGGCGCCUGCGCCGGUCGACUUUGCCGCCCUGCGGGCAAGCUUGUCGCGCCCCGUCCCUCGUGCACCGCUUGACGCCCCGCGCCGCUUCAGAUGUAGGGACCUGGAGGAUGAGGUCGGCAGCCAUGUGACAUUUCCGCAAAGGUCGCACUCGCUGUUCGGCAACUGGGCCGUGACCGGCCCCGCCGUCAUCCGCCGCGUCGGCGGCUCGCUGUCCGCGCUUGUCCGCGCCGGCGGCUACGUCAGCGUCGGCUCCGCCCUCGACCGUGUGAUGCGCCCCGACGGCGACGACGCCCUGUGGGUUGGCCCCGACGGCCGCCCCGCCAACCCCGGCGGCGGCCCCGGCGCCGACGGCGCGCCGCCCGCGGCCGCGUUCGAGCUGCAUGGGACGCACGUCGAGGUCUGCGGGCCGUACAAGCUCCUGAUGCCCGGCCCCGGCGCGCGCGAGCACGGCGGACGCUGCAUCCUGACGGUGCCGGCGCUGUCUGAGGACAACCGAAUCCUGCUGCUGCCCGGCGCCUGCCUCUCGCACCCGCUGUGCGCCACGCCCCAGGCCGCGGCAGCGGCGGCGGCAGCGGCGGCGGCGGCGGCGGCGGCGGCGACGGCGGCGGUCGCGGCGACGGGGCUGCGCGUCCGCGCGCGGCCGGGGUUGGGAUAA